GGUACAUUGGCUGUAGUCGCGGGUCCAUCCUCGACGUCGAAAGAUCAUAGCUCUGGAUUACUGCUGUAGACUCUAUACUAGAUUAUUUCCGUCAGUGAUACAAAAGACUUUCUACCAAUUGAAUACGCUACUCAUUAUUAAAUACACUGAGCGAUGAGGAAGACCUGAUCUUACAAGGACUGACAACGGAUAAACACGCUUACGCAUUAUCUGUGCUCAAGGAUGGUCCUCGUUUUGGGUGGAGUAGUCCUUGAUGAGGCUCCCAUCGAUUCUCGGAACCUGUACCACGCAGCCCCACAUCUCAAGGAAGCUGCCGCUCAUGUGGCCUCUUUGCCGCCCAAAGUGGUUUCGCCCAUCGGUCUCUUGUAUCUUCAUCAGCGAGAGUACGCCGUUACACUUCCGCACGAUACAGAAAAUGUUUCACUUUUGGGGACGGAUGAUUGCAGCACGUGCGUAACCGUCAUUCUUCGACAUACCGGAUCCGGUGCAACUUGUAUGGCUCAUGUGGACGGAGCUGACCAAGAAAGUGGAAUCACUCCAUUGCUAGCACGGAUACAAGAGGUUUCUCAGGGCUAUGCAAAUGGUCGGGUAGAGCUCCAUCUCGUUGGCGGUUACAUGGAUCCCAGAGGAUAUUCCGAACGUCUUGUCAUCACUCUUUUACAUGCAUUUCACAAAGAGCCAUUGGAAAUUGAUUUGGUUUUUGCCUGUAUUGGGGAAAUGAACACCACCAUCCGCGGUGGCUUGGCCUGGCCAAUCAUAUACGGAAUUGGCUUCAACGUCAAAACUGGUGAAAUAUUUCAUGCCACAUUUCCUGACAAAGGACCGGAUAUGGCAUUGCGAUCGGCUAGGCAACUUACAGGAUCUUCUCAUCUGAUGGAUAUGUAUGACUGUACGCUGGGCGUAAUGCGUGUAGGUCCCUAUCACUAUCAGCCACUACGUGGUGUCGACUUGUGGCUGCAACAGACUGACGAUUUUAUAGUCUCACAAUUGUCUACCGCACCAGAGGUAGAAUUGCCUCAUUUCGCCAGUAAGAUAAGGACGGCCUUAAAGUACAUACGAGAUCAUCCAUUUCCCGGAGUUACCGUUUUUCAAGAUAACCGACCACGAUACUUUAGGAGAGAUGAAUCUGGGACGUGGGUGCAUAUGCGUUACUGAACGAAGGGUCAUCAGAAAAAUCACGAAAAUGACUGUAGACGAUAAAAGGGAGACAAAAAUUGGCGAGUGGUUUUAGAUGAAACUGAUGGCUACCCCUCCCGGGAAGAGAUGGCGGCUUAAAAAAUCGGCUAAAAAUUUUACAGAAAAAAUUUAUUCAUGUAUCAAAACUUCGGGAAUAAUAAAAUUAACAACGGGUUUUUUUUGUUGGGUCAUUUCAAGAAAGCCCACUAGUAGCUAUACCCUUUCAUGGUGGUUGGUGUGUAUAUUAUUGACAUGUGGGAUGUUACUGUCUUAAGAACCAUUUAAUUUUGUUUUCAAUUAUGCUGGUCUAAGCAUCUUCUUAAUAACAGAAGGAGAUUUUGAAUAAUCAAUAAUGAUGCGUUGUUAACUGCAGAGGGCUUAUGCCACUUAUUUUAACCAAUCAAAGGUUUUAAUGCCUGUUCACUUUACUAUCUGAAUCGAUUUUUAUUUGAAUUGAGAAAAUAAAUAAUUCGUUUACUCAA